AUGCCUCGGCCUCCUGUCAAUCUUGAUCCUUACCAGGAGGAAAUUACUAGGCUUGUUCAUACGAAUUCUACUAAUGAGGAUAUCUGUGCUUUCUUGCUAAAUACAUAUGGUAUUAGGAUCUCUCCUGUUACUAUACAUCGGCGGCGAAAUGCAUGGGGUCUUCAUACUCCACGGGCUUACUACCAAAAGGAUAGUCCUAAUGAGAUCAAUCGCAAUCAGAUAGUAUAUAACCUUCUUCAGCUAUCGUUAGAUACGAAGGAAAUCCUUCGUCUCUUACAAAAGAUGGGGAUACCAUCAUCUGAACGUUCUCUUUGUCGUAUACGGCAGAAGCUUGGUGUUAAGCUACGUGUUGACAAUGCUGCUGAGCGAGCCUCUCAGGAAAGACUUAUUGAGAGGAUUCUUACUGCAGAGGAUCAGAUUGGAGAUAUUGAAGGAUAUGGCCGACGUUACCAGCAAAUUCACCUGCGUAGCCAGGGAGUUUUCAUCGCAAGAGAUCGUGCCUACGAAAUCUACCGAACUAUCAACCCAGAUGGAAUUGAUGACCGCCGGUCUGGCUUUCAACGCCGACGAGGUGCCUAUAUAUGCGAUGGGCCUAAUGCAAUCUGGCAUCUUGAUGGCUAUAUGAAAUUAGAACCUUUUGGUAUUGAAAUCUACGCAGCAAUUGAUGGCCACUCUCGAUAUGUUAUAUGGAUAUAUAUUGGGAUAUCUGCACGUACUGCAGUAAGUGUCCUUCGGCAGUAUCUUGAUUGUGUGAAAUCGAAUGGGUAUAUACCACGAAAGCUUCGGGUUGAUCUUGGUAGUGAGACGGUAUUAAUUGGCGAUGCCCAUGUUGCUCUACGAGAAUCAUUGAAUGCUCCCCCAUCACCAUUGAAUGCUCCUCCAUCACCAUCGAAUGCUCCUCCAUCACCAUCGAAUGCUCCUCCAUCACCAUCGAAUACUCCUCCACUUCCAUCGGAUACUCCUCUAUCAUCAUUAGUUUCUCGAUUUCGAAACUACUUUAUCUACGGGCGCAGUAUUGACAAUCAGCGUAUUGAAUCCUGGUGGGGGCAGCUUGCACAGUUAAGUAUCUUCGUCUAUCAUGAGUAUUUUAAUAUACUCUUAGGCGAUGGAAUCUAUUCAAAGCAAUGCAUUCCUGAGUAG